AUGCCUCCGACUUCUGCCAAGGUAUCACCUGUCCAUUCGCGGACAGCUGCAAUUCUUCUCUCGGGUGCGGGUGGAGGCGUUACGGGGCCGUCGGGGAUGUACCUCUCUCUUGCCACGAAAUUACCGUCGUUACCGCAAUUGCCUAUCAAGGUUUUGAGAUUGGAUUAUCGGUACGCUGCUCGAACGGGACCUUGUGUUGAGGAUGCGAAAGCUGCGAUGACUUAUAUGGGCGAACACUUUGCUGUUGAUCGGUUCGUGUUAGUCGGUUGGUCGUUUGGUGGCGCGCCGGUAUUCACGCUUGCUGGAAGGGAUGAGCGGGUCGUGGGUGCUGCGACGGUAGCGAGUCAGACUGCUGAUGCGCUGAAAGGUGCUCGAGAAGCAGGAAGGCGGAAUGUACCGGUUAUGCUGUUGCACGGGACUGGAGAUCGGACUUUGAGUGAUCGUUGUUCGAGGCACUUGCACGAAGCGUGGUAUGAAGGGUACAAAGGGCCCGGUGAGGGUGAAGAGAAGACGAAACUGAUUCUGUUUGAUGGUGAUGAUCAUUCUUUGAGUCGUAACGUGGAAAAGGCAGAGCAAUUCGUGGCUAACUUUGUUAUUGAGUGUGCUGGUGGAGAAGUCGAGGAUGGCAAGGAGGUCGUGCAGAGUGAGGUGAUGGGAGAUAGUGAGGAGAGGAAAGAUGCCAUGAAGAAGGGCGGUGAUUUGCAUGCCACCGAAAAAAACAGUCAAUGGGACUGGGUCGAAGCUACGCAAAAUGUCGACGCACAACGUACCGGCUGGACCACAUUGUGCCCAUUUGGGGCCACAAUGACUGUUGCAACGACUGCCCUGUUCACAUUACGGAAACACGACUGA